AUGUCUUCCGCUACAACAAAGGACUCGUUCAACAGUGACUUGAUAUUCCAGCUCCAUAACACACUUGGCUGGCUGAAGAACAACCCAUGUCCCUAUGUUACUGGUCCCGAAACAACAAAGAAACGUGCUUCAGUCGCUCUGAUCGUGCGCAUACAGCCAUCUUAUGCUCAUCAACCAGAUAAGGCCGCCGCUCCUGCUGACAGCAUUGACGCCUUCUUUGCUCAGGAUUGGGUCAAAUAUGGAGAACCAGAUAUUCUUUUCAUAAAGCGUGCUGCAAGAAAGGGUGAUCGAUGGACUUCUCAUGUCGCCUUGCCUGGUGGCAGACGCGAUCCUGAGGACGAGAACGACCAACAAGCUGCCAUCCGCGAAGCUGCCGAAGAAGUAGGCAUCGAGCUGUCAGAACGCACAUGUAUUGCGGUUGGAAAUCUCCCUCAGCGAGUCGUUACAACCAGCUGGGGCCGUGUGCCACUAAUGGUCCUAUGUCCUUAUGUCUUCCUUCUUACACGCCAUGACCUUCCACCACUACGUCUACAACCCACCGAGGUUGCCUCGACCCAUUGGGUGCCCAUUCGCUCUCUUCUUGCUCCUGGUCAGCGUACCGUCCACACAGAGGAUGUCAGUAACAGAUUGGCCAACCAGGAAACAGGCAUAAAAAAAUGGGCAUUGGCAGGAAUGCUCGGCAAAAUGGAGUUUAGUGCUAUCCAACUGCUCCCUACAGAGAGUCUGUAUUGCCAUGAAUCUCCUACUGACGACUCCAAUCGGCAUAAUUCUGCUCCACCGAGGAACGUGUUAAAGAGGCUGUUGGGCCUCACUCACCCACCAACGCUACCUCCACCACCUCAACAUCGACCGCUCAUCUUAUGGGGAUUGACACUCGGAGUAGUGGCCGAUUUCCUCGAUUUGCUACCGCCUCAUAAUGCGCUGGAGCUGUGGACAUAUCCCACCUUUACCAUGCCCGAUGUUCGGCUAGUGAUAUGGCUCACAACGUAUAGAUUCAGAGAAGCCAAGCGAUUGCAAAUUGAAUCAGAGAUCCGUUCAGGACCGCCCGCUUCAGCUGUAGAAGAGGGUUUGGAUGCCGUGUCAUUGCCAGACAAUGAGCGCUGCAACGAGGUAGGCAUUGGAGGAUUGGGUUCAGGACGCAGUCUGAAUGGUUAUUCGUUUGAGAGUGCUGUCGGAACAAUGUUGGAAGGCUAUUACGCUUGUAUGAGAAAGGGAGUAACAUAUGCCUUGGUGUGCCGAUUGUUUGGAAUGGCUACCAUCAUGGCUUUGUUAUGGUCCAGGAGAAGAACCCUACAACCGAUCCUUGCCAGAUUCAAGAGACUCCGGUAG